CCACCAGCUGACCGUGACUUCUGCUUUGGGUUCCGGGGUUGGCGCAGCUGUAGGCUUGGAGGGAGGGCUUAAAUGCUGCGUAAAAAGUUUUUGUUUGCCUCGUCAGGACUGGGAGUUUCAACCCUUAACUGCUUUUGAGAGAAAUCAUGAUAACAUCCAGCAUAGAUUUGCUGCUCCUGCUCCCUAAAGUGGUUGGGGGAACCUGCGGGUGUUGGCUGUAAGCGAUGGCCCCUGGGAACCAGACAGAGCUGUAUUUAUCUGAGCAGGUGGUGGUGUUGUUUACCUGCGCUCUGUCCUUCCUGGGCUCCUCUCUGAUCAUCCUCACACACAUUAUCUGGUCGGAUUUGAGGACCACUCCGCGCAGGCUGCUUGUUUUCCUCUCGGUGACUGACUGGUUGUCUGCUGUCUCUUACGCUUUCGGAGUCUGGAGUGUUUUCCGCACAGACUCUCCUGAAUGCAUCGCUCAGGGAGCCCUAUCCACUUUCGCCAACACCAGCAGUUUCUUCUGGACCGUCUCUAUCGCCGUCUACCUGUACGUCUUCAUUGUAAGGUCGAGCCAAAGGGUCGCUGACAGCCUGGUGCUGUUCUUCCACCUCUUCAGCUGGGGUAUUCCACUAAUCAUCACUGUCACGGCUGUGUGUCUCAACAAAAUCGGCUAUGAUGCAUCAGAGGUGUCUGUGGGCUGGUGCUGGGUCAGGAUCCACGCUCCGGAUCGCGUCCUGUGGAUGCUGCUGACUGGAAAGAUCUGGGAGUUCCUGGCCUACCUCACCCUCCCUGUGCUCUACAUCUUAAUCAAGAGGCAUAUCCAUAAAGCGCAUGCUGCCCUGUCAGAGUACCGGCCCAUCCUGGCCAACAGGCCCCCGUCGCAGUCUUUCUCAUCCAUGGCAGAUGUGAAGCUAACUCUCAUCCCCAUCAUAUUCAUCAUCCUGCGCAUUUGGAGCACGGUGCGCUUCAUCCUGCUGCUGGCUGACUCUCCGGUCAGACAGAACCCUGUGUUGGUCACUCUUCACGGUAUCGGCAACACGUCGCAGGGAGCGGCCAACUGCGUGAUGUUUGUGUUGUUUACCCAGCCCAUCCGCUCUCGCCUCUGCACUGCGCUCUGCUGCUGCUGCGCUAAAUGUCGAGAAGAGGCACCGCGCUCCGACGGUGCCCCACAGCGCAACAAGACGAGGCGGGACUCUUCCACACAGAGAGAAGAAGAAGAAAACGGCAGUCGUGCGCAGGCAGUCAGAUGAUGCUUUGCUCUGAAGCUGUUGAACACUGCUGGCGUUUGUUCCGUACUCCCACUUUUUGGGCUUAUAUUACCUAAAGUACACUGAUACUUGAUGACAACUUGGAGUACUGUUUCACUUUUUGGUUCUUCUAUUAUGUUGUUUGAUUCUGUUACAUCAAAUAAAGGACAGCUUACUGUAGCA